AUGCGGACUGUAUGGAGUACUUGCGGAGGGAGUUCAGAAUGGCUGAGUUGCUUGUUGAGUAUCAAGCUGGGUUGUGGCCCAUCUGAGUGCGUCAAUGAGUUAUAUCUAGUGCGUAAUUAUUGGCGGACGUUAAACGAGUCAGAAUUCAACAUUUUGAUGCAGGACGUGACUGCAGGCCGUAGUGCACGAAGUCAGGAGUGCGCGCGACGAUGGUCCCAGUUUUACUACCAAAUGCCGGCUGAAGAGCGGUCUAAGUGGACGACGGGUGGGGAAGAUCCUGAGCGAUCCUUUCCUUUGUACAUUCCGACGCUCGGAACGAUGACCAAUACAAGCAGGAAGAUCGGCAUUUUUUCUGAUGACUUUCGCGCGCACACCGCGCUGCGCGAGGUGGUUGAGGAGAAGGCGUGGAAGCGGUUUAGGAGGAUCAGCCCUCAACACGUAGCGAACUGCAAUCUGCGAUAUCUCGAACUGGGUGCUAUUCUUCUCCUACACUUCGUUGCCCCCCUGGGGGAAGUUCAUACCGCAAUUAGAAACGCUUUACUCAACGACGUCAAGAUGUCUGUUCGACCCAAACAAAACCGUCUUUGGUUCACGGGCUGCUUGCUACAACUUGCCGGGGUAUCGGUCGGCAAGCUCGCCCGGUUCUGCGUCACUAAACUGCGAGUUGCCCCACGCUCAUACUUCUAUUGUCUUCAGAUCGACCGCCGCAACCACAUUCGAGUGUCUUCCAUGAACUCCCAGCAAACGGAAAAAGACCUAACCGACUUGUUACUGCAGCUCUCGAACCUGCCGACUCUUACAGCGGAGCAGUUCUUCGCCCUGAAACCCAGCACGACCCGUGAGGAGGUCAACUUGAUAGCUUCUAAUCGCUCCGCAGAGCAGUCCGCAGAGCAGUCCGCGGACGUCUCAGCAAACGAGCCGCUCCAAAAGCACCCGCUCCAGGAAGGCCAACUUCAGAAAGACUUUUUCGAAGGUGGCUCGCUUUCCGGUGGCCCACCCAGAAAAGGUCAAGACCUGUUGCCUAACUGUACACGAGAAGUGCAAGACCAUCCGACGUCAGCCAAAAAGCGCAAGACGUGCGUUGCCGCCGGGCUGCUGAUCCAGCACUGA